GCGCAGGCGCACUGGCGGGCCGGACGAUGGCGGCGGAGCAGGGGGAGGCCCGGGCGGGGCCAACGGUGUCCCGGUGCUCCCCGGCGGCGCGGGCCCCGCCGAGCUGAGGCCCGGCCCGGCGGGCAUGGCGGAGGAGCGGGCCGCGGGGCCGUGCCCGUGCCCGUGGGGCGGGGGCGUGAGCCUGGCGGCCCGCGGGGGCCUGCUGUUCGCGGUGGGCGCCGCGCUGGCCCUGGUCCUCAACCUGCUGCAGGUGCAGCGUCACGUCACCCUGUUCCCGCCGGACGUGCUGGCCGGCGCCCUGGGGUCCGCCUGGUGGGUGCCCCCCUGCUGCGGGACCGCCGCCGCCGUCAUCGGGCUGCUGUACCCGUGCAUCGAUCGUCACCUGGGUGAGCCUCACCAGUUCAAGCGGGAGUGGUCCAGCGUCAUCCGCUGCGUCGCCGUCUUCGUGGGCAUCAACCACGCCAGCGCUAAAGUGGAUUUCGCCAACAACCUGCAGCUGUCGCUGACCCUGGCCGCCCUCUCGGUGGGACUGUGGUGGACGUUCGACCGGUCCCGCAGCGGCCUGGGCCUGGGCCUGGGCAUCGCCGUCCUGGGCACCCUGGGCACCCAGCUCCUCGUCCACAACGGCGUCUACCAGUACUCCUCGCCCGACUUCCUCUACGUCCGGUCCUGGCUCCCCUCCAUCUUCUUCGCCGGCGGCGUCACCGUGGGGAACAUUGGCCGCCAGCUGGCCAUGUACGAAUGCAGAGUGACGGCGGAAAAGGCCCACCCGGAGUGAGGCCGCCACGACGGCGGCGGCGGCGGCGCAGGCCGGGCGCUCCAGGGACCCUCCGCGUGGGACGGAGAGCACGGCGGGAACCCCGAUCUCCUUUUUAACCCAGGCGGCCCCGGGCUCGCCCAGAGGGCGGAAGCGGCGGAUCCUCGCACCCGGAGCCCACCGCCGCGCCGUCGGACUCAGAGACCCCCAGGCUCGGCCACCACCCGAUGGCGCGGGGCCCGAGGGAGGCGACGGCCACCGCCCCCUCCGCCCCACGCUUUGCCACGCUUGGAAUAAUAAUAUAAGAACAACAACAAUCA